AUAGGCGCGCUCGAGGACAUCCCUUCUCGGCGGACAUACUGGCAGCGCCUUUGCCAAAUAAUUACAAGAAUACCAACUUGGUGUUCGAUGGGACCUCUGAUCCGUCGAGACACGUGAGAACAUUCGAAAAUAUGGCUGUGUUACAUGGAUAUACUGACCCUGUUAGUUGCAGGGCCUUUUUAUCGACUCUCAGGGGAGGGGCGCUUGAUUGGUUCCAACAGCUCCCCCCAGGCUCAAUAGUGGACUUUGGAGAUUUUGCAGAAAAGUUGACAAAUCAAUAUUCGAGCGCGAUGGCUCAGGAGAAGACGUAUUUGACAUUGAUGGCGAUGAGACAGGGCGAGAAAGAGUCAUUGCGCAAGUAUGUUGCUCGAUAUAAUCAGGCCUGUUUGGAGAUCCCAUCGGCGGUCGACGAGGUCAAGGCGGGAGGAUUGAUAAGGAGUUUGCGGGCGGGGUCGUGUAGAACUUCUUUGGCUAAGACCCCUGCCCACACGUAUGAUGAGGUACUGAGGAGGUGUAGAAAAUAUAUCAAUCUCGAAGAGACUGAGGCGGAGUUUGCCAAACUUGAGGAGCUAGGUCGAGGGGAGCCGAGGAAGGAAAAAGCGGGGUCGCCCAAGAGGAAAACCUCGCCCAGGAGGGAGGGGCGAGCUAAACAAGAUCGAGGGCGAGAGGACAGGUGGAAGGAUCGACCUAUCUCUGGAGGAAGGAGAUUCCAUGAUUACACCCCCUUGAAUGCAAAG